AUCGUGUACAUGUGUAAUCGUGGAAUCGAUUACAUGUGUGAUCGUGUAAUCGAUUACAUGUGUAAUGUUAUAAUCAAUUACAUAUGUAAUCAUGUACAUGUGUAAUCGUGGAAUCGAUUCAUGUGUGAUCGUGUAAUCGAUUACAUGUGUAAUGUUAUAAUCAAUUACAUAUGUAAUCGUGUACAUGUGUAAUCGUGGAAUCGAUUACAUGUGUGAUCGUGUAAUCAAUUACAUGUGUAAUGUUAUAAUCAAUUACAUAUGUAAUCGUGGAAUCAAUUACAUCAUAUACUAUCUUCCUCCUUCUUCCUCAUCGGACAGCGAUUUUUUUGAAUUUAUACUACAAACACGAUUCUCGCACACGAAGAAUUUACAGUGAAUGCUCGUUUAAGCGCUGCUCCUGAUCAAAAUGCCAGAGAUGAGUGACGUAAACAAUAGUGCAAACUGUCAGCCAAAAUGCGAAAUUCUAUAUUUAUUAUAUGUGGAUUUCAAUCGCGAUGGACAUAGAUGUCAUUUCUAGUUUCUCACUCAAGCAUGUAACAUAAAUCAAUGAUUUUGCUCGAAUGUUGAAAUAUGUGAAGCUUUUCACCAAGUAUGAUUAUAGGAGUUUUAAAGCGGUUACUAUUUGCAGUACUUGCUGUGUUUUGCUAUUGUGAAUAUAUUAUAUACUACAUUGUUAUAUUUCAAUGUUCUUGGCCCGUACUUGAUACACGUUUAAGAAAUAACGAGUUUUUAAACCCAAAUAACAACAUAAACGCUUUGCUUCUUUCCGAUCCACAUUUAUUGGGCUCUGAACGUGGACAUUGGUUUGACAAGCUUCGACGUGAAUGGCAGAUGAAGAGAAGUUUCCAAACUGCUUUAAAAUUUCUCAAACCCGAUGUCGUGUUCAUUUUGGGGGAUAUUUUUGACGAAGGAAUGAUAUGUGGGGAUGAGGAAUGGGAAGAUUAUAUGGAAAGAUUCCAUGACAUAUUCCACCAUCCCCGUGAUACAGAACUUUAUGUCGUUCCUGGAAAUCAUGACAUUGGUUUUCAUUAUCGCAUGGUAAGCAGCUCCUGGCUAACAAGACGGUUCAAAAGUUCUUUUAAUGUUACUGGAGUCAGAUUGUUAAAUUUGAAAGAAAAUUGGUUUGUGCUUGUCAACUCUAUGGCAUUUGACCAAGAUGGUUGCUCUUUGUGUGAAAGAGCAGAGCAAGAAUUGGAACAAGUGGCAAGCAAGUUGAAAUGCCUUUACAAUGACUCAGAUCAAAUGAAAUGUGAACAUCCUAUUACAUCUUAUCCUUUUAUCUUGCAGCAUUUUCCUUUGUAUCGAUCAUCGGAGAUAACUUGUACUGAAAAGGAUUCUCCUCCUGUUGAAAUACGUUUUAAGGAAAACAGGGAAAGAUGGGAGGUGUUGUCACGAAGUGCAUCAAAAUUGCUACUUGAUUCACUUCAUCCACAAGGCAUCUUCAGUGGACACACUCAUCACAGUUGUCAUGUUGUUCAUCGAGGGAAAAUCCCAGAAUUCACGUUGCCUUCAUUUAGCUGGAGAAAUAGGAAUGACCCCAGCUUUGUUCUGGUAAUUUUUAACCCAAAAAAGUUUGCACUGCAAAAGUGUUAUCUUCCUCAAGAAAGCACAGUGAUUUUAUUGUAUGUGACAGUAGCUUUGAUUUUUCUUUCAUACAUCUGUUGGAGCCAAUGUAGGAAUUGUUUUAAAGUGUUUCGAAGAAGGAUAUUUUAUCAUAGAAAACCUAUAAAAAUAUGCUAAAUACUGAAAAAAAUUUCACCAUUGUUUUAA